CUGGGCUGGGAGCUGGGCCUUUCUCUGGGACCUCAGAUGUCCCUCAUUCUCUCUGGGUCUCAGUUCUCCUUUCUGCUAAACUUUGGGCUCAGGCCCGAUGACCCCAGGGUGCCCGGGAACGUGGCUGUGUUCGGGUGGCGCCCCCUCGAGGGCACCUUGUUUUUGGCCCAUUCCGAUUCUGGGUCGGGGCUGGGGAGUGACGUCAGCUCACGCCGGCCAGGCGGGCAGCACUUUGGGGUGGUCCUGCGUGCGUGGCGUGGGUGAGUUACAGGUGUGGCCCCCACAUGAGGGCAGCCCCGCCUGGCCUCAGCUGCGGCUCGUCCUGUGGGAACCUUCUGGUUUCUUAAGUCAGCAGUUGGAAGCUGAUGGGAAGAGGUCCCUUUACAGGUCACAUGUGGGCCUGAGUGUUCUUGUGUGCUCGGUCUGGCCUGCAGCCUGACGUUUUGUGGCCCACAGGACACUGGUGCUGCUGCCCAUAUCCCCUCUUAGUGCCAGGGCUCCCGGCCGUGAUGAGGAGUUGCACGCAAUCACUGGAUGUCUGGUGUGGUUUUCACCCUUCUGGGGCUCCCUCAUGGUCCAGUGGAGCCCCACAGCCUCCUGGGAAGUCUGUGCCUGGCUUCCUUCCUGCCGUUCUUCUUUGAGGGUCACCCCGGCCCACCCAGGGCAGGAAGUUUCUGUUCUUCUCUGCUCUGCUUCGCAGGUGGAAAGCCUCUGGCACUUUCUGGCCCACGCCGGCCUACCCCCGACCCUGCUGUGCUCACGGGCCUGCUCUGUGUUAGCAAGAAGGUGGAUAUUGAUCACCGGGCAUGGACUGGUUGUUUAUCCUGACAAAGGAUCGAUUCCAGUCGCCCGUGUAGCCCCAGGCCAGGGAUGCAGGAUCUGUCCAGCCAGCCGUUAUGAAGCUGUUCACUCAGCCAUCUGGAGGGAGCGGUGUGCCUGCUGCUCUGGGUCUGUGCACCUUGGUGUUGGCUACUGCCCACCUCAGCUCUGCACGGCAGCCCGCCCGGCUGGCUGGUGGUCAAGGAGCGCCUUCUCUCCAGGCGCACCCAGGAGGGCUGCGAGCCUGCGGCUGGUGGGGGCUCUGGGCCUCUGGUGUCCCGUUGGAGGCCCUCCUUGUGUGCUUGACAUUUUAGUACACAGUGCUUGGAGCAUGCAGUUUUAUUUCAAGACCUUUAUUAAGCGGCUCUAGUCUAAGGAUUUAAUUGUUACUGAGAGCUAAGAGUAUAAUUACCUUGGUAAAAUAUCAUGACUAUUUUAAGCAGUUGAAAAUUGGCUUCUGGAACUGGGUGAACACAAACCAUUUUCCUGUUUGAAAUGAGCUGUUUCUCCAGUGCCCCACGCUUCCACAGUAUGGCUGCAGAGCCCUGUUUAUGGAAUAUCAGUAAUACAAGUUAACUUUUAGCCAGAAACUUUUAAAAUGACAGAAGAGCUUUCCCUUCCCACCUCCCAUUUUCUAUCCUCCACCCUCCCUCCCUGUUUCAGAGCAGAUCAUUUACUGGAGGCCACAGGCUGUUGGUGAGCAGUUGACACUGGGUGUCCAGUGGCGUCUGACUGACGUUGUGGCUGCUGAGCGCGGGGUGGUUGUCAUGGUGACAUCCUGCCCUGGGAACCCGCACAAUGGGAAAGACAGAUUUGUGUCUUCCGGAGUUGUCGAGGGUUUGAGUUUUGAGCUCUGGGCCGGGGUCUUGGGUCUGCGCUGGCUGAAUGAACACGUUCAUCGGCCACCUCCUCCGAAGCUGGGGUUGGCGACGUCAGACAUUCCCCUCUCCCACGUCCUUCUCGCUGCCCGGAGCAUCAGAUCUGCUCGCUCCCAUAAAGUUCCCUUUGUCAAUCAAAAAAUCCUCCACAAACAUUCCUGAUGAUCCACGGUCUCAAAACCAACGUGGCUGGGCCUGCUGUGGGAUUGGGAGCAGAUGAGCUUUAACGAGAGGGCUGGGACCCUGGACACAGCUGCCGCCCUCAGCGAUGGGAGAGUGUGGGGAGCUGGUGUCUGUAUCUGCUGGGUGCAGUUUAGGCCAGAUGCGUCCAGGAGACAGCUGAAGGCAGAUCAGGAGACAGCUGAAGGCAGAUGGAGACUGGGUCCAGGAGGGCGGGGCUGCUGCUCUUCAAGAAACAAUCAAAUAGGGGCAGAAGGCAGGAAGUACAGGGGACCCCUCAGAGGACUUCCAUGUUCUUCCUGCCUCACAUCCAGAAGAGAGUCCUGGGAGAAGCCUCUGUCCUCCUUUGAGAACCCUCUGUCCUCCUGGAAGAAGCCUCUGACCUCCCAUGAGCAGCCACCAUCCUCCUGGAAGAAGCCACCAUCCCCCUGGGAGAAGCCUCUGUCCUCCCAUGAGCAGCCACUGUCUUCCCGGGAGAAGCCGCUGUCCUCCUGGGAGAAGUUUCCAUCCUGGGAGAAGCCACCAUAUUCCCAGGAGAAGCUGCCAUCCUCUGGGAGAAGCCGCUGUCCUCCUGGGAGAAGUUUCCGUCCUGGGAGAAGCCACCAUAUUCCCAAGAGAAGCCGCCAUCCUCUGGGAGAAGCCGCUGUCCUCCUGGGAGAAGUUUCCUUCCUGGGAGAAGCCACCAUAUUCCCAGGAGAAGCCUCCAUCCUCCCAGGAGAAUCUGGCAUCCUAUGGGAGAAGCUGCUGUCCUCCUGGGAGAAGCCUUUGGCCUCCUGGGAGAUGCUGCUCUCUUCCUGCUAUGUUCCUGGCCCAGAGGCAGCUCUUGUGAGUCUGAGCCAUCCCAGCCUCUUACAGGGGCCAGAGCUACCUCCUAAGGCUCCCUCCCCAUGCUGUGGCCCCUUCCGAAGGGAAUCGGGGGCAGGGGAGGCAGGCUUAGCUCAGGGACCCCUGCGCAUGUUCUCAGUGGACUCUGCCGGGAUUUCCUCUCUUCUUGGGGGUCAUUUCUGUGCCCAGGAUGCUGUGCUGGAGCCUGUUACAGGAGGGGCUCCGGGCCCCGUUCUGGUCCAUCCUAGGAGGCAGCGCAGUCCUUGCUGGGACUCUCCCAGGCCUGUGCUUUGAGGAGACCCUUCCAUUUCCUCCUGACUGUGUCCCUUCUCCUCUGCAGGAUUGUGUGUGCUGAGGGCAGAGCAGAGGGAGGCUGGCUGCCCUGAGGGAGCUGAGGCCACAGGUGCUCAGGGUCAGAGUGGCCUGUGGGUCCUGAAGGAGUAUGUCCUGGUGGCCGUGCCCUGGCCACAGCAAAGGUUAUUUUCAUCUGUCCUGGAAUAGCACGGUGGAGACACACCUGAUGCAUGGUUUUGCUUCCGUAGGACGUGUGGGUAGAAGGGACAUGGAGCAGA